AUGAGUAAUAACGGAUCACAAAAAAGAAAGGAUCUUGAAAAGUUCACUGUCAAUGAUGAUUUUGAAGGCCAACCAUUAAAAAAAAAACUUAAACUUGGAACAGAAAGCAGCAUUGCCAUGAAACUCAUGAGCAAGAUGGGAUAUAAAGAAGGAAGAGGGUUGGGCAAACACGAACAGGGGAUCUCCCAACCAAUUGAAGCCUCAAAACAAAAAGGCAAACGAGGGCUUGGACUAAAUUCUAAUAAAAAAGGACUUCAACCAUCAGAGGUUCAAUGGAAUUUUGAUGCUGAAGAAUUAGGCAAAUGUGAAGUCAUUGAUUGGUUGACCAAUCCAUCAUUCAUUUCAGAAAUAUCUCCUAAUUGGUUAGAGAAUGGACCAGUUAAACUGGCGUUAGACAACGAAACAAAGUUUUGCUCUGAAGAAACUUUAACUAGCAUCCUAGAGGGAAAAACAAUUUUUGACAGCGUUGAGCCCGAAGAUAUGAUGAAGGCUCGAACGAGGUCCAACCCCUACGAGACAAUUAAAUCUGCCUUCUUCCUCAACAGGGCAGCCAUGAAGAUGGCAAACAUGGACUCAGCAUUCAAUUAUAUGUUCACAUCGCCUACAAAUCCUGACAACAAAAAUGAGUCCCUAAUCGCCAGAGACGAACUCCUAACAUUCGCAGACAUCUGUGCUGGUCCCGGGGGCUUCAGUGAGUACAUUCUCUGGAGAAAAAAAGGGAUGUGUAAAGGCUUUGGUUUUACUCUAAAAGGAAAUAAUGAUUUUAAAUUAGAGGAUUUUAGUGCAGGGCCUCCUGAAAUGUUUGAGCCCCACUAUGGAGUGAAGGGUGCUGAUGGAGAUGGAGAUAUUUUUCAGAUGGACAACCAAAAAGAGUUUGAAGAAUUUGUCAGGUGGAGGACGAAUGGUCGAGGCGUGCAUGUUGUCCUGGCCGAUGGGGGAUUCUCUGUCGACGGCCAAGAGAAUAUUCAGGAGAUCCUCUCACACCGAUUAUAUUUGUGCCAGUUCCUGGUGGCUCUCUCCAUCUUGAGGGCAGGUGGAAAUUUUGUAUGCAAACUGUUUGACCUUUUCACCGAGUUCAGUGUUGGGCUAAUAUUUUUAAUGGCCCACUGCUUCCACCGAGUGAACAUUUUCAAGCCGGUAACUAGCAGGCCGGCCAACUCCGAAAGAUAUUUAAUAUGUGAGGGGCUCUUACAAACAGACCUCACUUCAGACAUAUUAGAUUAUUUCAGACUGAUAAACAGUAAGAUGGCAGCUUCAUAUUUGGGCGACAAAUCAUCUAACUGGAUGAUAAGAAGCAUAGUGCCUUGCAGAGACUUGACAUCGUCAGAGACAUUUUUUAAUUACAUCGUUCGAUCAAACAAUUUUUUAGGAGAGAUGCAGAAGAUAUCACUGCAUAAGAUUAAAAUUUUCGUUCAGAAUGUGAACCUCCACGAUCACAGACAAGCAGACGUCAGAAGAGAAUGCCUGAGUAAGUGGGACAUUCCAGAUGAGACAAAGACGAAAAACUUUGAUGAACAAAUCUCUGCCCACAAAUGUUACUGUUCCCUCGUGCGAAACACUUACGAUCUGCCGACAACUGCACUUACGUCGAGAAACAUUGACGACAUAAAAUGUCUUCGAGUUGUGAAGACAACCGUCGCUGCAAGCACGCAGAGGUGUCUGCUGCUGGCUGUCGAAAGGAAUCAGGUCUUCAUGAGGAACAAGACGACAUGGGAAAGGCUGGAGUACGUCACUUCAAUCCCGAAAAACACGCUUCUGGAUGUGGAGAUGGUUGAAGAACAACGCGGGGACCUCAGUCGAUUGAACAGGGGCGGAAUGAAAGUGAAAGUGAUCCACGUUUACGACGUGAUCACGUGGUUCGGCAAUGACGUCACGGGUCUGAACUUCGAAGAGAGACACAACCUCCUCAGACUCUUAAUCUCAGCCUCGACGAAAGUGACGCGACCACACGUGACGCCACUGCACGUGAAGCAAUACCACAACCUCGCAGACGUCGGGGAAAACAUCUUCAACAGGCUGCACUACGGUCUCGUGAAAGGAGGUGGCCAGCAUGCACCCAAGCUCCUACUACCAAUCACCGAUCCUGAAGACAACUUGCCAGCUCCCGCAAGCUCCACUUUCACUAACAACCGACGGGAUAGAUACAUGAUCCCACACGGAAUUUACCUAACGGUCAUAUGUCCACUUCCUUGGAUUAUCGGACAUAGCAAGUCAUCUAAGAAGGACUACUACUACCACGUACAUGAUAGAGUCUCGAGAUACGACAUGCCCGACGAUGCCAGAGCCACAUACGAAGUCUGCCUGAAGAAUACUUUCUACUGGACUUGGGCAGACGAGGUGAAGAUGUUGGAGAAGCAGGAAGUUAAGUCUAAACAGACGAAUAAUACAUUAGUCACAAAGGAGAUGUUUUUGGAAUUCGUCCAUAAGUUGUCCCGGCUAUGAUGAGUCUCAUCAUUCAGAUGUCUCUUUGUAAUCAUUAUUUUUAUUAUUAUUAUUAUUGUUAUUUUUCAAUUCGCAGAUUUCAUAUCCGUGUAUCUUAUCUAUUUUCAUUUAUGAAUUCAUUUUAGAAACUGUUUUUUUCCAUCUAAAUUGCCGUGUACAUAUGAAAAAAUUAAAAAGUUCGUUUGACGAAA